UAAAAUGCUUUCCCACAUAGGCGCGUUACCUUCAGUCAAAAGUCCUUUUAUCGUGUCAACAAAUGUGGGCCGCACCGCGUCGCGUGAAGCGCAGACGUUAAUUUUGAUCUGCAAACGAUAAGGCCAUUGAUCCGAUGGUUGUUUAUUAAACUCGUCCUCCUGGCAAAGCUUCACCAGUGUACUACUCAGUACUCAUUUGGAAAUGAAACUCAUCCUUUUUGCGGCAUUUCUGGCAACAGCCAGUGCUGCUUCCAUCGGAACAGAGCAUUGCACGUGGGGUCCUGCGUACUGGUGCGACCACCCUCUAAAAGCGAAGGAAUGUGGGGAGGGGGCCACCAAGUACUGCAUCCAGAACGACUGGGCACAGAUAACGGUGGAGGACAGUGCUUGCGAUGACUGUAAGUCAUUCGUCUCCGACGUCAAAGACGUUCUCAAUAAUGGAGAGGUCCAGUCGGAGAUCCUCUCUGUCAUCAAAGAUCUCUGUAAUAAGCUGGGGUCUGAGGCCACAACCUGUAAGCUGGUCGUUGACCUCUAUGGCGUGAAGUUCCUAGAAGCACUGGUCACUGACUUGGAUGCAUCAAGGGUCUGUAAACUCCUUGACCUUUGCAAGAGUGCCGCACCCAGCAAUGCCAAAGAGCCUCCAGUACAGUUGCUCCCUCCCAACACGGUUGGCGAUGCGUGCUCCGACUGCAAACAAAUCUUCAGUGACCUACAGGACCUUCUGUCCAACAAGACCCUUCAGCAAUAUGUGUUCAACGAAGUCAUCAUGCUUUGCGAAGAAGCCGGCCUCCCUGCCGACCUCUGCAAGAUGUACAUUGACGAGUACGGGCCCCAGGUCUUCCAGUACAUUAUACAGUUUCUGGAUGGCAACAUGAUAUGCCAGGAACUUGGUGUCUGCUCCGCCAUAACCCGGAUCGAUUUCUUGAGAAAGACAACCAGACUUGGAAAUGACCUGUGCUCUGACUGUAAGCAGAUAUUCUCCGACUUCGAUGAUCUCCUGCGAAACAAAACAGUACAGCAAUAUUUGCUCAAGGAAAUCACGCAGGCCUGUUCUGAGCUGGGGCUCCCCGAGUCAGUCUGCCAAGCCAUCUCCGAGUUCUUUCCUGAGGCUAUUGACUACAUCAUCACCCUGCUGAAUGGUGAUAUGAUUUGCCCUGAACUGGGUGUCUGUGGUCCUAUGGCAGUAUUUAAUCCGAGGCAACUCAUCCUGAAACUCAUCAUGGUUCCUAAAAAGGAUGGGGACCUGUGUACGGACUGUAAACAGGCAAUUAACGACAUCAAGAACAUGAUGAGCAACAAAUCCCUGCAGGAAUAUAUCUUCAAGAUUGCCAUCGCGGUGUGUGAGCUCGCCGGCGAGUCUGAGAGCAUUUGCAAAUCCUUGGUUGAGCAGUAUGGCCCAGAAAUCUUCAAUGAGAUAUUGCAGUUUCUGGAUGCUGAUACCAUCUGCAAGUAUUUAGGUGUGUGUCCAAGCGACCUGCCCGUGAACCUGAUCAAGUUUGAGAAACCUCCAUCAAACGGUGAUAUCUGUAAGGACUGCAAGGCCAUUUUCUCCGACCUGCAAGACAUUCUGGGUAACAAGACAGUUCAGAAAGAUAUUCUGGCGUCCAUAACCAAGAUCUGUGAGACCUUUGGUGUUGACCCUGGCACCUGCACGUCGUACGUCUCUCAGUAUGGAGGGAUCGUCUUCAGCUUACUAGUCCAGUUAUUGGAUGGUGACACAAUCUGUCCAGAGCAGCAUCUGUGCCCAGCUCAGCUGCAGAAACUCAGUCAAGUCGUCUCUACGUUGAAAAAGAUUGUCAAGGGUAAUGGGGAUACCUGCACGGAGUGUAAAGAGAUUAUCUCUGACCUGGCGGACUUGCUCAACAAUAAGACUGCGCAGGAAGGAUUGAUAACUGAACUCAUCAACAUCUGCGUCGCCCUCGGCGUCUCCAAAGAUACUUGCACCAACGACGUCAACACCUUUGCUCCAAUUUUGCUGAACUACCUCAUUGGCACUCUGAAGCCAGAUGUUUGCAACAGAGACAAGCUGUGUGGAGCAUCUGCGACACUCCAAAUCCAGCCAAUGCGGGUCACUACUCUCGCAGUGCAAGUACCCCUGUCAAAUGGCGACAUCUGCUCAGAAUGUAAGCAAAUGAUUGCAGACAUCUCGGACAUCCUCAGCAACAGCAAGGUGCAGAGUAAAGUAGAGUCCACCCUGAUCAAGGUCUGCGAGGCCGUAGGUAUCCCUGCUGACUCCUGCCAGCAAGCUAUAGACCAGUACCUGCCAUUCAUUUUACAGUUUGUCGUAUCAGAACUGGAUGGCAACGUUCUCUGUCCAGGACUGCAGCUGUGUGCACCUGGUGUCACGAGAAAACUGAUCCAUGCAGUCUCGGCUGUCAAACAGAUCGUGACUGGCAACGGCGAUCUGUGCAGUGAAUGUAAAGAGACUGUCGCCGACCUGAAAGACAUCCUCAGCAACCAAACGGUGCAGGGCAAUUUGGUGAAGUUGCUGACUGACCUCUGCGUGGAUGUGGGGAUCCCUGCCGACACCUGCAGCUCAGACGUCGGCCAGUACGGGCCACUCAUCUUGAACAUCCUGAUUGGUUACUUGACCCCUUCUGUCUGUACCGGACUCUGUCCAGGAAGUGUUGCAGCACCACUUUACUUGCCGGAGAAGAUGCCAGCCAUAAAGUUGACUCCAGCACUUCCCGUGUUGAAUGCUGACCCUGAUGACUGCUUAAUUUGCCAAUCCAUCAUGGAUGCUCUGGAGAUGCUAUUUCCCAAAGGAGCAUCACCGGCCCAGCUGGAGACAGAAAUGUACACCAUUUGCAAACAACUGCCGUUCGAGACUCUGCAGAAGCAGUGCAACAUGUUCGUCACUAACUACGCUGACCGGCUGAUCCGGAUAUUGCAAGAGCUUCAUUUUGCUUACGACAAAGCAUGCUCCGCUGCCGGCAUCUGCCCCGAAGCUGUUGUCACGGAUCAGGCUUCCCAGGACCCCAGCGGGUGCAUCCUGUGCGAGUUUUUGAUGGAUUUCCUUCAGGAGACAUUGCCGCCCCACUUCAACAAGGACGAGAUCAAGGCGGACCUGAGCAAAGCCUGCGGCCAGUUGCCAGAGGGCUUGAGGGAAGGAUGCGAUGACUUUGUGAAGAAGUACGGAGACCAGAUAGUGCAAUUUCUGACGGGUCAGGUUCCGUUGCAGGACCUCUGUCGGAUGCUGAAGGUCUGCUCCUUGCCAGAUGAAGUCAUGGAGCCGGACCACGUGAAUGACAUUUUUGACUGCGUCACGUGUUACCGUGUCGAGAAAUAUCUCGUUCAAGUGAUCAAACCGCACGUUACCAAGCAACAGGUGGAUGAUGCACUCAACGCGGUGUGCUACUUGAUAGGGGGUGACUUGAUAGGCUGCCAAGCGUUUGUCGCAAACUAUCGCAGCAAGGUCACCGAGUACUUGCUGUCUGGCAAACCGUUGGAACAAAUGUGCAAAGCCAUCAGAGUUUGUAGAUCAGUCGACAAGCCCGUCGCCGUGCCUGCACUGAGCCACGUUCAGAGCAGCACGGAGUGCGUCCUGUGCGAAUUAAUCGUGAAGGAGCUGGACGGCAUACUCAAAAAGAACGCAACCAAGGAUGACAUCAUCCAUGCCCUGGACGAAGUGUGCUCCAUUCUUCCCUCGUCGCUGAAGGCCGACUGUGACGCGUUCGUCGCCAAGUACAUCCCUGAACUGAUCUCAAUUAUCCUCGCCAUGGGCCCCGUUGGUGUCUGUGAUGAACUGGGGGUUUGCAAAGAUGCAGUCCGAGAGGAGGCCCAAGUGGGUAAUGAAAUUGAGUGUCAGAUUUGCGACCUUAUAAUGGAGGAACUGGAAGCCCUGGUCAAGAGAAAUGCAACUGAGAAAGACGUUGAGAAGUUUCUGGAGAACAUCUGCGACAUCUUGCCCUCCUCACUGAAGGCUGACUGCGACGCGUUCAUCGCCAAAUACACUCAGGCCAUUCUGGCUCUGCUGAAGUCUAUCCCUCCAGACAAGAUCUGCCAAAUCCUUGGUCUCUGCUCUAGCUCCCCAGCUGCCAACCCAGUUCAACACAAUUCCCAAGUGGGUAACGAGAUUGAGUGUGAGGUUUGCAAACUUGUAAUGAGCCAACUAGAAGCCCUGGUCAAGAGAAAUGCAACAGAGAAAGACAUUGAGAAGUUUCUGGACAACAUCUGCGACAUCUUGCCCUCCUCACUGAAGGCUGACUGCGACGCGUUCAUCGCCAAAUACACCCAGGCCAUUCUGGCUCUGCUGAAGUCUAUCCCUCCAGACAAGAUCUGCCAAACCCUUGGUCUCUGCUCUAGCUCGCCAGAUCUAGGCAGGGAAGGCGAAACUACAGAAUGUCUGCUGUGUGAACUGGUCAUGAAGGAAGUUGACAGGCUGCUGGAUAGCAAGGCUACCCAGGCAGAGAUUGAGAAGGUCUUAGAGGACGUCUGCUCUCUGUUGCCCGCCACGAUCCGUAACGAGUGUCAGGACUUUAUCAAUGAGUAUGCCCCGCAGAUCAUCCAACUUCUGCUGCAGUUUGUCACGCCCACCCAAGUCUGCGACGAGCUGAAACUCUGUACUAGCCCUGUGGUCGAAGCGAAAGUGCCCAAGAAAGUUGGAGGGGUAGCAUGUGGUCCGUGCGAGAUGGUCGUCGAACACGUCGAGAUCAUCCUCAGAGAGGCAUCCACUCAGAAGGAGAUUGAGGACUUUCUGAGGUUGAAGGUGUGUCCCAAGCUGCCCGCUGAGGCCAAGACGGUUUGCCUGAACAUGGUGGACAAGUACCUGCCGGAGAUUCUCAAGCUGGUGACGAGCAUGACCCCGGAGGAGCUUUGUGGAUUUCUAGGGCUGUGCAGCUCAGAGGAAGCAAUGGAGAAGAUGAUUAAUGCGGCAAUUGAUUCGUCCGCUGAGUGCAUGAUCUGUGAGCUUAUUGUCAAGGAGUUGCGCACAGGACUCUCCCAGAAUGCAACAGAGGCAGAGAUCCAGAAGCUCCUGGACACGGUGUGCAGCAAGAUCCCGCUGUCCUCCCUCGCCAAGGACUGCCAGGAGUUUGUGGACGACUAUACCAAGCCCAUCAUUCAGUAUCUCCUGGCGGGGAUGGACCCGGACACCAUCUGCGACUUCCUCAAGGUCUGCGACCCCAGCAAACUCGCUGCACCUUUUGGCAAGGUCAACGAUGACACCCUGUGUCUUUUGUGUGAUGUCCUCUUUGGCAUCAUUGAGACCCAACUGGAAAAUAACAAAACCUUGGAGGAAGUGACCCAGUUGAUUGAGAAGGUCUGCCCCCUCCUCCCCGAAUCCCUGGCGGAGCAGUGCAAGGGCUUCUUGGAUCUCUACGGCCCAGUCCUCCUCAAGCUGAUUGUGGACAAGGAGCUCAGUCCCCCCGACAUCUGCAAGGACCUCAGGUUGUGCAGCUCCAGCUCGAAAUUGCCCGCGGGACUGACUUUCUCCAAGGGAUCACUGGAUUGCGCAGGGUGCAAGGACUUGGUGACAGCACUGGAAGAUUUCCUGGAGCAAAACGUGGACAAGGUGAUGGAGUUUAUCGCCAAGAUCUGCGACCUCCUCCCUGAAGCUGACAGACAGGAGUGCAAGAACUACAUCGAGGUGUACGGCUCCUAUCUUCUAGAACUGAUUCUUGAGGAGUUUCUCUCCCCGGAGACCCUCUGCAAGGAUCUGAAGCUGUGCACCCAGUCCCUAGUUGGCCUACCUCCAGCCGAGAUCUGUAACCUGGGCCCGACGUUCUGGUGCGCCAGCAUGGACAACGCCAAACUAUGCAACACCGUUCAGCACUGUCGUCGGCACGCUUGGAACUAAAUUGAUAACAGACGACUUGCAGCCUUCAUAAAUGUCCUGAAAAUUUACAUCCCACAGAUUUUGAUUAGAGCACAAAGGAAAAAUUUCUGGUUAAUCCUGAACUCUUUAAUGCAUGCACCAAUCACCAGUACAAAAUUUAGGUGAACGUCAGAGGUAUAAUUGGCUGAGUAUGUUUAAAAGACACAGGAACGAGUUUGAAUUAUUUAAAAUCCACGAGAUGACUUUCGGACAUAUUUACAUCGGAAAACAGCUGAACGUAGGCACGAAGCGCUGGAGGAAAUUUCAGUGCACUGGGGCAGUGAUCACAUCUUACCAAGCCGGGAAAUUUAGCUUCACAGUAUCUGUGAAGGCUCAUUGCUGUUCAAAGCUGAACCAACUCAAGUAGUUCUUAGAGAGAAUCUUUGUUGAUAGUUCAUCGUCCUUUUGUUUUAAUGUGCUUUUUAAAGCUAAUGUUUAAUAAUUAUGGUUAUAAAUGAGGAUUAUAUAUUGUGUAUGCUCAGUAAUUCUUUGUAUCUGGCAAAUUUUAUGGAAAUGGUACAUGUAAAUGUUUGAGAACGGUCGCCAAUUUUUGUGCAGCUUUUAACUUCUGUGAUCAUAGACUGAAAUGUGUUCUGGAUGUAAUAGUCUCCAAUUUCAUUUCGAAUCGUUGCUGCUCGUUGUUGGUAUUUUUUAAACGGUAGUGAUUUUCCUUUCGCAACAUUGUGCCAAAGAGAUAUUUCAAUCAUUUGGUUCUUGAAAAACGUUGCUGACCUAAUCAAGAAAGGUUAAAAUUUUAUCGACAUAUUAUAUUUAGCUACGAUGACAAGUACAGUUAAAUUGCGGUUGCUUACCUGGAACAAAAAGAGUUUUAGAAUAAUUGUGCUUAGCAUCGGAGUGUAAUCCAGUUAUUGAAUGAUACGCACAAGCCAGGGAAAAAUGGAAGUUGGUUUUAUUAAAUUUCACAUUUUAUAGCCUUUGAUUCGUACAUGCGAAAAGUGUCACAGGAGUUGGACGUAAAGUUUCUCUGAUCAUUUCGACACAUUAUAUCAAGCUGGGCGAGUCUCUCCCCCAUCCCAGAACAAAUUGGACGAUUCAGUUAGUGUUUUUUUUUACAUCAAUUUACAUUGAUUCCAUCCAAUUUUGAAAUACAUCGUAAGGACAGAGUGAGCGAUUUCGGUAUGAGAGGUUGAUGAGUAUUUUUUAUGCGUUAAAUGUUUUAUUGGUCACUUUUUAGCGACAUUUGCUUUUGCAUUCGGUCUGUCUCAGUAAUUAGACUAGGAAUGAUAUGGUCAGUAUGAAGUACAGAAAGUAAAAUUCUCAUUUUGCGAUUUUGGUACUUUUCCCCGCCGUCUAAUUCGAUAUUGAACAAGAAAUUAAACAAAAAGGAAAUUCA